AUGGACGUCUUUGGUGGUGCACCACGUUUCUUAGCCUAUCCGAGACCCGUAGUGGUCCAAAGUGGGACUGAUGCAGUCUUAAAGUGUCAAAUCAGUGGAGAUCCGAGGCCUGCCGUCAUCUGGGAGAGAAACAAUGAAAAGAUUGACCCACAGGGACGAUACAGGGUCUUUGAGGAUGGCAAUGUUUACAACCUCAUCAUUUCAGCUGUUACCAUUGAGGAUAGCGGCCAAUACAUAUGCAAAGCAAAGAACAGCAUUGGGGAGACAUAUGCGGCCGCAACCCUGAAGGUGGAAGGCGAGGCACAAGAAAUGGAGCUUCGAGAAGAAAAUAAGCCACGAUUCCUCAUCAAGCCCCUUUCCACUCGUGUUGGCCGAGGAGAAGAUGCUGUCUUUUCCUGUAAGCUUUGGGGAAGUCCACGGCCAGAGGUAGCUUGGGAAAAGGAUGGGAGAAAACUCAAUGAGAUAUUUGAGAGCACACAUUUUAGUGUGGGCUAUCAGGACGGUGGAUGGUUCCAGCUCAAAAUCUUUAAGACUCGAGCUCCAGAUGGCGGUGUAUAUACCUGCAAAGCCAGGAAUGAGUUUGGGGAAGCGCUGGCAGGAGCUGUGUUGCUUGUUGAUGCAGGGCCAGGACACGAAGAGGAAGGAAACCGGAAUGGCUACACAAAUGGCCACUGGAAAGCCCACCAGGGAAAACAAAGGAGCGGCAGACAAGUGCCAAACCGACUAAAAGACGACUCCAUGACCAAGUCAACAAAAGUUAAAAUGUUUGCAGUGACUGAAGGAAAACAUGCCAAAUUCCGCUGCUUUGUGACUGGUAAACCCAAACCAGAGAUUAUCUGGAGGAAAGAUGGCAGACUCAUACUGUCUGGAAGGCGUUACUUGUUAUAUGAGGACAGAGAGGGAUACUUCACACUUAAAGUUCUGUAUUGUAAGCAAAAGGAUAAUGGAGUUUAUGUCUGUGCUGCAUCUAACACUGCAGGGCAAACCCUCAGUGCUGUACAUCUCUCCGUCAAGGAGCCCCCAGUACGGUUUAAGCAGCCUUUAAUUGAUCUAGAAGUAUGGGAACGAGAUUUAGCUGUUCUUGAGUGUGAAGUUCCAGAAGACUCUGUUCCCAUCACAUGGUAUCUGGAGGACAGACGACUGCAGCCAGGGGCCAAAUAUGGAAUGGAGGAGUGGGGAACAAAACGACGACUUACUAUCCGUGACAUUGGAGUUGACGAUGAUGGGAUUUACCUCUGUGAGAUGCCUGAUGGGGGGAGAAGUAUAGCAGAGGUAGCUGUAAAAGGUACGAUUUUGCGGAAGCUUCCAAGAAAAGUGGAUGUCUUGGAAGGUGAAAAUGCUGCCUUUUGUGUUGAAGUUGAAAAAGAAGAGAUGGACAUACAUUGGUACAAAGAUGGUGUAGAACUGCGUGAAACCCAUCAGACCAUUCUGAAGUCCUUUGGUCGAACUCACAUCUUGGUUUUUGUCAAUACAAUGCCCCAAGACUCUGGUCUUGUCACAUUUUUUGUGGGCAGAUCCAAGACUUCCUCUCAGUUACGAGUGAAAGCGGCCAGACAUUGUCCUCCCAGUUGUCCAGUGGGAGUUCAGAUCAACACGGAGCGGGCUAAUGCAGCUCUUCUCUCAUGGGUUCCUGCUCCCGACUCACGAAAGAACCCUCCAUCUGGAUAUGUGCUUGAAAGACAAGAGGUAGGCACUGGCUCACAGGAGUGGCUUCAGUGUCUGACCACUGACUCAGCAACAUCUGUGGAGAUCCUCGGUGACAGCGUUCCAUGUGAAGCCGAUUACCGUUUUCGCAUUUGCAGCGUGAACAAAUAUGGAAAAAGCAACAACGUUGAGUUCCCCAGAACUGUUCACUUAGUUCCUGUGGCCAGAAUACAAGCUCCUUUACAGGAUGCCUUGGUGCCAGAGGGGCAAGAUGCCCUCUUCUCCAUUGAACUGUCUGCUUCAGUUAUUGGCACAUGGUUCUUAAAUGGCACUCAGCUCCAGGAGGAUGAGCGUUAUUCCAUGCGUCGCUCAAGAACACACCAAUCUCUUCGCAUACGAGGAGUACGUGAUACAGAUAAUGGAGCUGAGAUUACGUUCAUUGCCUACAGCAUCCGGGAUUCUGCAGCACUAUAUAUUCAAGCUCCCCUGGUCAAGUUUUCACCACUGUCUGAAAUGGAUCGAAACAAAUUUGUUGAAAUUGGGAACCCCAUUGUGCUCUACUGCGAGCUGUCUGACCCUGCAGCUCCAGUGCACUGGUACAAGAAUGGGGUUGAACUACAGACGAUUGAGGGUCUUCAUAUCCAAUCAGAAGGCACCAUGAGACGAAUCGUCAUCCAAUCAGCUGAGUUCUCCCAUUCAGGCGUGUACUGUUGUGAUGCCAUUGAUGAUGUCAUCAGGUUCAAUGUGGAAGUGGAGGCACCACCCGUGAAGUUCUCAGAGCUGCAAAAGGAGGACAGGAACAAAUCCGUCCAAGAAGGCAAUCCUCUUGUCCUCAGCUGUGAACUCACUCAUGAUCCUUCUGCUCAUGUCGACUGGUAUAAGGAUGGGAUCAAACUCCUGCCUCAGAACAAUGUGGAAAUACAGUCAGAUGGCACCAAGAGAAGUCUGACUUUACAUUCAGCCCAGUUAUCUGACACAGGCAUGUACACCUGCCGUGCAGGAGACAACAUCUUAAACUUCAAGGUUAAUGUAAGAGAACCUCCUGUGAUGAUAAUACAUCCCAAGGAGGAUGUCCACCUUGACCGUCAUGUCCCAGAGGAAAUUAUUCUGAGCUGUGAACUUUCCCGCACUAAUGGUGUUGUCAGCUGGUUUAAAGAUGGCCAAAAACUUCAAGAGAGUGAGAACAUCAAGCUCAAAGUAGAAGGCCCUUAUCGACGACUCAAGAUUCUUUCUAGUGGAGUUGAAGAUUCUGGAGAAUAUGUCUGUGAUACGGCAGAUGAUUCAAUAUUCUUUCACCUUAAUAUUACAGAACCUCCUGUGCAAAUUAUUUCCCCAAGUCAGUCACAGAUGGAACUGUGUCAGCAGACCUCUGAGAGGAUGGUACUGAGCUGUGAGAUCUCACGGCCCAAUGCAGUGGUGCGCUGGUAUCGAGACGGACUCGAGGUGGAGGAGAAUGAAAACCUCAUUCUUGAGGUGGAUGGUGUCUACAGGAGACUUAUUAUACCUGAAACUACUGUCAAAGAUUCAGCUGAAUAUGUAUGUGACACAGCAGAUGAUUCCAUGACAUUUUUUGUAAACAUAGCAGAGCCACCAGUUCGCUUCAUAAGGCCACGAAAGAUGGCAAGCCGAGUAGAAAAAGUGGCUGGAGACACUUUGGUUCUUGACUGUGAGGUUUCAAGACCAAAUGCUGAUGUCACCUGGAAGAAAAACGGGGAAGAAGUAGAAGACUCCAGAAAUAUCACUAUCCUUGAGGAUGGCGUCAUGCGUCAGUUAACCAUUCACUCUCUAACAAUGGAGGAUGCUGGCCAAUAUGUUUGCGAUGCAAAAGACGAUGUGAUGGAUUUCAGUGUGAAAGUCCAAGAGUUGCCUGUAAAAAUUCUGGGAAAAACAGAUGCAAAGACAGAAAAACAGUUUUUAGUGUCAGAUGAUAUUAUUCUAGUGUGUGAACUCUCGAGAGCCAAUGCCUCAGUCAGCUGGUUCAAAGACAAUCAGCUGAUUGAUGACACGGUGCGAUACUGUUGCGAAGAACAAGGUGUUUUCCGAUCACUGGUUGUCCUAAAUGCUGAACUCGAAGAUUCGGGAGAGUAUACCUGUGAUGUCGUAGACGAUAAGAUGGUCUUUAAUAUCACUGUCAAAGAGCCUCCUGUGCAGAUUAUUGGAAACUCAGCCAAUCCAGAGCAUCACAUACUGGUAGCAGGAGACGACCUAAUCUUGGAGUGUGAAGUGUCGCGUUCAAAUGCAACUGUUAAGUGGCUGUGCAAUGGAGCGAUACUAGAACCAAGCAAUCGAAUUAAAAUCAACAGUGAGGACGUUGUGAGGAAGCUUGUUCUCUCUGGACUUCAACCUUCAGAUUCUGGAGAAUACAUCUGCGAUGCCAUCGAUGACAAGUUAGUUACUAUUGUGGAGGUGCAAGUCCCCCGUGUCAUCGAGUUUAUAGCAGAGCUUCGCAAUAUCACCGUCCGUGAAGGGGAAGAUGCAGCAUUUAAGUGUGUGGUUUCACCAGCGGACACUAAGUUGGUUUGGCGCUUGAAUGGCAAGCAAGUCGCUGUGAAUGAGCGCACAGUCAUUUCCAGCAACGGAUUAUGCCACAUGCUCUGCAUCAACAACUGCAUGGUUUCAGAUAGCUGCAGAGUGACAGCAGAUGCAGAGGGGGUGCUAUCAGAGGCCGAGCUUCAGGUUCAAGAGCAACAGGUGCUGUUCACCAAGAAAAUGACACCAGUUGUGGCUGAAGAGUACAACGAAGCAACACUAGAGGUGGAGGUGAGUGUGGAUUCGGGAGAGGUGCAGUGGAUGAGACAAGGGGUGCUGAUCCACCCCUGCGCCAAAUAUACCCUGAGGCACAAGGGCCGAGAACACAGUCUAACCAUCCACAAACUGGCCGUGUCUGACCGGGGCACCUACAGCUGCGAGACCCUCCAUGACCGCACACAAGCCCAGCUCACCGUGGAGCCUCGAAAAGUCACCAUCUACAGGGGCCUGGCUGACAUUAAAACCACUGAGAGAGAAACGGCUUCCUUUGAGGUGGAGCUCUCUCAUCCCAACGUCCCAGGCACCUGGAUCAGAAACGGAAUCCAGCUUAAGCCCACAAAUCACUUCCGUAUGAGCGCCAAAGGCCCAGUCCACAGCCUCACCAUUUCUAACCUAUCUGUAGAAGACACUGGCACCUUUGUGUUCUCUGUAGAGAAUCAGAAGACAUCUGCAAGGCUUGUUGUGAAGGAGCCUCCAGUGACUAUUUUCAGGAAACUGGAGGAUCAGAAAUUCCCUGAUGGCUCAAUAAUCUCUAUUGAGUGUGAACUAUCAAGACAUAAUGUUGACGUGAAAUGGAUGAAGGACGGGGUUGAGGUGAAACCAUGCAAAGACUUGCGCAUUUAUGCAAUGGGAAGGAAAAGGUUUCUUCAGAUCAUGAAAUGCCAUGUCACUGAUUCUGGCAUCUACACAUGUGAUGCUGGAGAUGCUUCCACAUCCUGUACAGUGGAGGUCUAUGAACGGGAACUACUGGUUCUUCAGGGCCUUGAAGACCUAGACAUCCAGGAAGAUCAGAAUGCUGUCUUUGUUUGUGAGAUCUCUGUGGAGGACGUGCUAGGGGAGUGGUACAAAAAUGGGGAGCAGAUCCAACCCACCAGCACAAUCAAGAUCCGCCAGGAAGGGACAAAACAUUUUCUUCUCAUGUGCAAUGUGCGACCAGAAGACUCUGGAGAGAUCAAGUUUGUUGCCAGACAUGUUGAAUCUGUUGCUUACCUGGAGGUGGAAGAGCUUCCUGUGAACAUCGUAAAACCUCUGCAGGAUAAGACUGCCCUUGAGAAAACCCGUGUAAUGCUGGACUGCACAGUGUCUAACCCCAGAUGUAGCAUCCGCUGGUACAAAGGCAGUAACGUCAUCCUGCCCUCUGAACGCUUUGAGAUCUGCAGUGAAGGCUGUUAUCGUAAACUGAACAUCCAGCAGGUGGCACUAGAAGAUGAAGGCACUUACAGCGUCCAGGUUGGAGAGUACACAUGCUCUGCCAAACUGACAGUGGAGGCCCAGUCUUUGUUGAUGAUCCGGGAGCUGAACGACGUGGAGGUCAUGGCCCCUGAUGAAGCCUGCUUUGAAUGCGAGGUCUCAAUCCCCGUUCUCAAAUCCCCCGUCUGGAGUCUGAAUGGGGAGCCCUUGCAGCCGAGCUCUCGGAUUCGGCUGGAGAAGAUGGGGACGGUCCACAGGCUGACCCUCCGACAAACUUCCCCGGAUAUGAGCGGGGUGGUGGAGUUCACAUCUGGAAAAGCAAAGACCAGUGCCCAGCUUCGAGUGCUGAGUGAUCCGUGACAGGAAUCUCUCACCUGCUGUCACCUCACUGACUUGGACUGAUCGUCACAUUGAUGCUUUCAAGUUGUAGUAAUUACAUUACUAAUAUUUGUAUAAAUGUGGCUAAACAGGGUUGUGAUAGAUUUUCAUUAAGUGAACAGUGCUGUGCAAUAGUCUUGAGUCACCUCUCAUUUCUUUAUAUUUUGCUAUGAAGCAGCCAAACUUCCAUCUAAAACUUGAAAAAUUUAAACAGUAGUCUUCUCUU